AUGAUGAGGAAAAUAAGGAUUGAGGUUGCCAAACCAACAAGAAUGGCCCUGCAACUAGCAGACCGAUCAUUCAAGUUUCCUCACGGAAUAAUGGAAGACUUGUUGGUGAAUGUGGGAGACUUUAUCUUUCCAGCAGAUUUUGUAGUGUUGGAUAUGGAGGAAGGAGCCAAAACUUCUAUCAUCUUAAGCAUGCCAUAUUUAGCCACUACCGGAGCCAUCAUUGAUGUCCAAAAGGGUGAACAUGUCCUUAGACUACAUGAAGAAAAAAUGAUAUUCAAUGUGUUCAAGGCCAUGAGUUACCCAAAGGACUCAUGGGGAGAAUGUAUGAGGUUAGACUCGGUGGAUGCUGUAGUACAAGAGACUCUUGAAGAAGAACUUGAGGAGUCAAUAGAAGAAGAGGAAUCAGCAUCAACGAAGAGGUUGCAACAGCUGAAACUCAUGUUCAGGGCACACUAG